UGAAUGCUGCAUGAAGGAUGGUUUAAUUGUUAAAGAAUCGAUGAUGUUUCAAGUCCAAAAGAAUGAUAACCCUAAUGAGCAAUUACUUGUGACAUUUCCUGAUGAAAAGCCUGUUGGUGUAAAGUACCUUAAAAUUUUAUGCUAACGGAUGGUGGACUCAAAAGUAUCAUUGUAUUCCUCGGUACUCUAACUGCAGCAGCUAAUAAGGCGAUACAAGUUAUAAACACAAGAGAAAAUAGACACUAUGAAGUUGAUACUUUCUCGGAAGCAGAUUUGAUGAUUAAUAUCACAUCGCAUCAACUUGUGCCCAAACAUUAUGUUCUUUCCGAUAAAGAAAAAAAGACUUGCUAAAUAUUGAUUGAAGGAAACCCAACUUCCUCACAAGCAACAGAUCCGAUCGCAAAUAAAAUAUUACGGUUUAAAAAGAGGACAGGUUUUUAAGAUAAUGAGAACUAGUGGACGAUAUGUUACU